UGGAGCGUUAUAAACGCCGGUAAAUUGCGGGCGUUGCCCCACCCUACUGUACACAGCGCGCUAUCAAAUAAACCCGUCAAUAAAUCUCUAUAAAACCGCGGUCAUUCGCUAAUAUACGCGAUAAUACGCACGCAAAGCAGGCGUUUUGGACGCGUUCACAGCGUCGUCAGGUGCUGCAGCGUCCAUAAACGCCCACCUAGAAGAAGAGCACCAGACGAGAGCUGCGCUUACAUCCGAGAUGGCAAAAGCAGAUCAACGCUUUGGGCAAAGAGAUGGAUCUGAUCAGAACUUUGACUACAUGUUCAAACUCCUGAUUAUUGGCAACAGCAGUGUAGGGAAGACCAGCUUUUUAUUCAGAUAUGCAGAUGACUCUUUUAGCAACUCUUUCGUCAGCACGGUCGGCAUCGACUUUAAGGUGAAGACGGUUUACAGGAACGACAAGAGAGUGAAGCUCCAGAUAUGGGAUACAGCAGGACAGGAACGGUAUAGAACUAUUACUACAGCUUACUAUAGAGGAGCCAUGGGCUUCAUCCUCAUGUACGACAUCACAAAUGAAGAGUCCUUCAAUGCAGUGCAGGACUGGGCAACACAGAUUAAGACCUAUUCAUGGGAUAACGCUCAGGUGAUAUUAGUGGGGAACAAAUGUGACGUGGAUGAAGAGAGGGUGGUGCCUUUUGAGAAGGGGAAACACUUGGCGGACCAGCUAGGGUUUGAGUACUACGAAGCCAGCGCCAAGGAGAACAUCAACGUCAGACAAGUAUUUGAGCGCUUAGUUGACAUUAUCUGCGUGAAGAUGUCCGAGAGAGUGGAUACGGAUCCAUCCAUGGUCACCGGUGCCAAAACCACCCGGCUAACCGAUAAGCCGCCCCAGCUACCUCAGAAUUGUUGCUGAUUUCCAUCUCAACUCAUAUGCCAACUUAUCAGCAGCGGAUCUGAUGUUGUUUGAUGUUCUGUUAUACAUCUGGGGUGCGUUUCAUAGUAUGAUGCAUUUUAGGAAAAACUUAUCUAGCCAGUAACGAAAUCGUAGUAACGUGGUCGCAUCUUCAUUAUCUUAACAAUAUAGAAUUGUCGUUAAUGACGUCGCACCCAGGUUGUGGAUUAAAAUUUUCGGAUAAAUAAUCAAUUUGAUAGUUUAUAGUUCAUUUAUACAAACAACAGAACACUGUUAAUGUUUUUAAAUCAUGUUAACAAACUAUUUAAUUGGCGUAAAAUGUAAAAUGUAAAAUGUUUCCUUUUGCAGCAUACUCCAGGGUUCCCGUGCACAUUUACACACAUGCACACUCUUUGAAAAUGCAUACAGAAUAAUGUAUAUACAUUAAGACUACAUGCUAACAAGAAUCUAUGCUUCUAACCACAGGAAGAGAGCUGUAGCUCCAACUACAAGUUUUCGAUGCUGUUUGCGAUUAUUCGUUGGAACUAUGGUUUCUGGAAACACAGAAUCAUUGAAUAACAUAGAUAACGACUGAACUUGUGACUAUAUUUGGCUAACAGUGCAUCGGGAAACGCACCCUUGUUCGUUUGUAGCUGUCAAACAUAUGAAGUAGUUCAGUAAUAAUAGUACACUUCUAACUUAAUCAGUCCAUAGGAAACUCAAAGCAGGGACUAGAGCAAAGCACAUAAACUAUUACUUGGCUCUCAGAACUUCAGUGUUCACUGCCGAAACUAGAUUUAAAACACAAUCUGUUGUGGCACAAUCUUGCUAAUCUUAUGAAUUAUAUAUUGAGUGUAGUAUAUGAGUACUUUUAAGGGAUAGUUUACACAAAAGCGAAAUUUCCGUCAUCAUUUACCUCAUCCUCAAGUUGUACCAAACCUUCUUUCUCCUGUUAAACACAAAAGAAGAUAUUUUGGAGAAUGUUGUUAACCAAACAAUUGAAGGUAGCCAUUGACUUUUAUAGUAUGGAAAAAAAUACUAUGAAAGUGAAUGGCUGCCAGCAGCUUUUUGGAUCAUACAGAUUUGGAACAACUCGUAGAUGAGUAAAUGAUGACAAAAUGGGUGAACUAUCCCAUUAGUGAAGGCAAAAUGGUGUAUAUUUUGUUAAAAGGCACAAA